GGAAAAAACGGACAGGGAGAAAACGAGUGCUCAACAACCAUAUCUUCACUCCCCACUUCCCACUCGGCAAUGGCGUCUCGCGGACAUCUCGCUCCCCUCACACGAGCGCUCCCUUCUCUGCCCAAAUCCUAGCUCCUCCGCCACCACCCCCACCUUACUCAGCUCCGAAGAUGUCUUCCACGCGGCCACCGCCAGUGGCCGGCAAGUCGGGCAACCUCACGGUCUCCGUCACCCCACCGUCGGAGACGCCGAGCUCGCCUCAGCCGGAGAGCCCGGGGUCCGAGUUCUCCACGCCCCCUACGAGUCCUCGCUUUGAGGACUCGCCUGAUUCACCGCCGUCCACCCCGUCGGGGCCGGCGCACAGGGCCCCUUCGGCCCCGCCUGUUGAUUGGGUCCCCACGCCGCCGCUGGUCAGGACGGUCUCCCCGCUGCUUCACGCCCCUUCGAGUCCCCGCGCCGAGGACUCUCCUGAAUCGCCGCCGUCCACCCCGCCGGCGCCGUCUCAGAGGGCCCCUCCGCCGCUGCCUGUUGAUUCGGUCCCCACGCCGCCGCUGGUUAGGACGGUCUCUCCGCUACUUCCCGCCCUUACGAGUCGCCGCGCGGAGAACUCGCAUGAAUCGCCGCCGUCCACCCCGCCGGUGCCGGCUGAGAGGGCCCCUCCGCCCCCGCCUGCUGAUUCGGUCCCCACGCUGCCUCCCGCCCCUAGGACUCCCCGCCCCGAGUACUCGCAUGAAUCGCCGCCGUCCACCCCGCUGGAACCCGCGCAGAGGGCCCCUGCGCUCCGGCCUGUUGAUCCGGUCCCCACUCUGCUGCCGGUCAAGACAGUCCCUCCGCUGCUUCCCGCAGAGAAGCUCUCCCGGCCGCCGCUGGUCCAGGUGCCAACACCGCUGGUCAAGGUGGUCUCAACGCCGCUGCAGGCCCCGGAGCUCUCCUCCCACCCCCCGCCACCAGUACAGGUACCACCAUCGCAGUUUGAGAAGGCGUCACCAGCAUCGGACGGAUCAGUGCUCGCAUUGUUCUGGGACGCUGUUGCACGCGUGCAAGAAGCCCACGCAAGCUUGGAUGAGCACAUUUCGAGAUGGUUCGGGCUGGACCAGUCCAAGUACCAGUGGGCACUCAACGAAUACUACGAGAGCACUGGACAGGAGAUAGAUUCCGGCAAAGCUGGCAAUGGGAAGGAGCACAGUUGUAAAGUUCAGAAAGUAUAAAUAAGUAUACUUUUACUUUGCAGCGAGUUCUUUCUGGAUUUUAUGUGCGUAACUAAGCUGUUUGCUGUGCGCAUGUAAAUUUCCAUUUGGAGGAUAUUUUGGUGUCCUGAAGAUUGAGGCCUCUUUAGCUGCAUCCUGUAGGAUUCAUCUGAAGACUCAAGGCUAUAACAAAUCCUUCGUGCCGUUACUGUAGUUGAGUAGUUCCAUUGUGGACAGCUUCGAACUCGAUACAUAAGCUGCCGUGGUGUAUAGGAUGAAUUUACCAACGAAGAAAGCUUUAACUUCUGUUCUUAGUCAAUUAGAAUACCAAAUUAUUUCCGUGUGUUUACAUUGGGGUUAUGUGUCUUAGAGUUCCCAUUUUGUGUAAAAGCUGUUUCAAUUUUUUUUUCA